AUGAAGGACCCGCAGCUCCCAGCCAUCAAAGUACGACUAUGGCCGAAGCAGAAAUCAAGCAAAAUCUUCAACGAUGAGCCUAAGAAAGAGGAAAAGUUGGUCAAACCGGCCUCCCCAGCCAAGUGUGCCUUACCAAAGCUGACCGAAAUGGAGAGAUUCAGGCAGUCGCCGUUUGAGAGGAUCAUCUAUGACAUGGCCCACAAUGAGAAGAUGGUCAACGACCUGAUGCUUGGUCGAAGGAUUGGCUUCUAUGAGCUGCGAGGAGAGAUUGGGCAGGGCAACUUCUCCACUGUCAGACUGGGCAUCCAUGCCCUCACAAAAGAGAGAGUAGCUGUCAAAGUCAUGGACAAGCUGCGUAUGGAGAAGAAGAGUCAUUCUUUCACGGCCUCAGAAAUUAGCAGCAUGGAGAAGCUGUGCCAUCCAAACAUAGUGCGUCUUUACGAGGUGAUGGAGAGCAGCAGGAAACUGUAUCUUGUGAUGGAGUAUGGCAGCAGUGGAGAUCUGUUCACCCGGAUCACCACCAGGGGGAAGCUGAACGACCUGGAAACCAAACUGGUCUUUGCACAAGUCCUCUCUGCUGUUAAACACAUGCAUGACAACAACAUUGUCCACAGAGACCUUAAGGCAGAGAACAUCUUCUACACCACCAGCCACUGCAUCAAGGUCGGAGAUUUCGGCUUCAGCAUUGAGAGCUGCCCCAAUGAGCUCCUCACCAAUUUCUGUGGGUCUCCACCUUACGCUGCUCCUGAACUGUUUAAGGAGAAAGGUUACUUUGGACGUUACUCCGAUACCUGGGCGUUGGGUGUCCUCUUGUACUUCAUUGUGACGGGCACGGUGCCCUUUUACGGAGACAACCUGAGGAAGUUAAAGCGCAGCAUCCUCCAGGGGGCUUACAGCAUCCCUUCCUAUGUGCCCAACGCCUGCCAGCUGGUCAUCAAGGGCCUGCUGCGGCCUGUGCCUGCCGAUCGUUCUACUCUCACAAUGAUUAUAAACGAUACUUGGCUGAGGGGGAUCGAAUACCCUCGCCCGUACGUCCCCUUGCCCUUGUCCCCGGCCCACUUUGCCCUGGCGGGGCAGGCUCUGUGUGUGGAGGAGCAGGAGGUAAAGGGUUUGCUGUCGGAUCUGGGCAUUGUGACAGUUCAUUUGCAAAACAAUCCCUGUUCGGACUGCAGGAGCCCGUUGACGGGGACCUACCGGAUCCUCCUCCAUCGGGUCCAUAAGAGGAGGUCGGUGGAGGCUGUAGGUUAUUCAGCGCUUGAUCCUGAUGAGUACGGGUGCCUGAAGAACUGGUCUGCAGCUUCUGUGACCAAACAUGAUCCUUCUUCUGUCUGUGUUCUACUAUGA